UGUUUACAAAUCUAUUUCGGGCUAGUUCGUUUUAUUCUCUUGCUUUAUUGUUUUGCAAAUUAGUGGCUGUGGUUUUAAUUUAAUUUUUAAUGAAUAUAACGAAAUUUGGUACCUUUUACCGUAUGUUACCAAAUUUCCAACAUCAUUUUAUACUUAAAAUGCCACGACAUGCUCAGACGCAACAUGGUGACGCGACGGUAGAUGAAGAAAACAUUGUGCUCUUAAAAAACGCAAUCUAUCAAACUGUGCCUAGCACAGAGCCUUUAACAUGCACGUGGUUUUAUAAUGUAGAUCCCAAUGUUCGCAACUAUGUAACAGCUAUCGCAAAUCAAGAUCUGAAAGUCGUACUCCCUGAAAAGAGAAAAGCGGAUAAUACGGAACAAGUUGAAGCCUUAAAGAAAGCCAGAUUAGAAACUAAGGCUCUCAAAGCAAAGCGCCCUGGAUUCUCCGAUGACCGUUAUGAUGAGACAUCUUAUUAUUUUGAGAAUGGCUUACGUAAAGUUUAUCCAUAUUACUUUACUUUUACAACGUUCACCAAAGGACGGUGGGUAGAUGAUAAAAUCUUAGAUGUAUUUUCACGUGAAUUUCGCGCUCAUCCACCUGAGGAAUAUAAACGCAGCAUACUGACUGGAUCUUUGAAAGUUAAUUACGAAUGUGUGCCAGUGGACUAUAAAUUAAAACACAACGACUUACUGUCGAAUACGGUUCAUCGGCAUGAAGUGCCUGUUACAGAUCAAGCUAUUACCAUAGUGCAUAUGGAUGAGGAUAUUGUUGUUAUAAACAAACCCGCUUCAAUACCUGUUCAUCCGUGUGGUAGAUACCGACAUAAUACUGUUGUAUUUAUUUUAGCUAAGGAAUAUAAUUUAAAGAAUUUACGCACAAUUCAUCGUUUAGAUCGAUUGACAUCCGGCUUACUACUCUUCGGUCGCACGCCUAAGAAGGCUCGACUACUCGAGCAGCAAAUAAGAAAUAGAGACGUUGAAAAGGAGUAUGUGUGCCGUGUAGAAGGAAAUUUCCCUGAUGGUAUCAUUGAAUGCAAGGAACCUAUUGAAGUUGUCAGUUAUAAGAUUGGUGUUUGCAAAGUAUCGCCAAAAGGCAAAGACUGCUCCACAACUUUUGAAAAAAUCAGUUACAAUGGCACCACAAGUGUUAUAUUAUGUAAGCCUUUGACCGGAAGAAUGCAUCAAAUUCGUGUUCACUUACAAUAUUUAGGAUAUCCUAUUAUAAAUGAUCCUUUGUAUAAUCAUGAAGUAUUCGGACCACUCAAAGGUCGUGGCGGCGAUAUUGGCGGACGUACUGAUGAAGAACUAGUAAAAGAUUUGAUUCAUGUACACAAUGCAGAAAAUUGGUUAGGUGUUGAUGAAGAUUUUGGAAGUGAAGGACUAAUAUUGCCAAAACAUGAUCAUAUUGAAAAUGGUGACAAAGAUGUUGAGGCCGUCUCAGAAACUUCUACUAUAGUUAAUGAUGAUCUUAAUAAAAUUGAUAAACCCCUUCUUGUAGAAGAGGAGAAAGAACAGACUAAUACAGUGUCAGUUGGUACACAAACCGGCCAUGAUCCACCUGAUACUGCAUAUAAUAAAGAAAAAACAACUGUGGAUGAACAUUGUUAUGAGUGUAAAGUGCGUUUCAAAGAUCCUAAACCGAACGAUUUAAUUAUGUAUUUACAUGCAUGGAAAUAUAGAGGUCCUGGUUGGGCGUAUGAGACGGAAUUACCAAACUGGGCAGAUAAAGCUUGGAGUGAAACAGCUGUUGAAUAAAUAAAAGUUAUUGCGGGUUUCCAAACUUCCUCGACAAAAGUCAUUCUUGUAUAAACAUUGGAUGAAUAUUAGGUACACUUUUAUACAGUUUAUACUGGUCAAGUAGUUUUUAUUAUUGACGUGUAAGUCUAUGAAAAGUUACUUUAAAAACAAUUUCAAUCAAUUAACUAAGCAUUUAAUUUUAUUGUGAAAUAAUGAAGUGCUCUAAAUUCUGUAUGAACGACAGUUAUUUCAUUGUUACAUAUAAUUGUAAUAUAUAAACAUUCUUAAAUAUUUGUUAUAACAAUGAAAUGUGUUAAAUUCAAAUAACGAAAAACGAAAUAUAUAAUUUUUGUCUGCGAAACAAUCAUUUAAAAAUUAAGGUUUUAUAGAGAGAGGACAAUAUGUUUUAAAUAAAUUAUUGAAUAAUUUUAUUUACAUCACAGUUGUUCUAAUAUUUUUCCACUAACUUAUUUUUGUUUAAAUAAGUUGAAAAUAAUACAAUAAAUAUUAAUUGAAAUAUA